AUGGAAUUAGAAAAGAACAGCGAUGUUAAAGUCAAAAGGAGAUGCUGCAAUCAGACCUCCCAACUUUUUUCUUAUUCGGAGGAAACUGAGCACACGCUCAUCAGAGAUGUGGCAGCAGGAGCUAACCACUGUGGUUGUGGCCUGGCACGUUCUGCCAACGGUUCAGAAUUAAAGCUGUCAGAGGAAAGCUUACCUUAUUUAAGUUCAUCUUUAGAUGCAGAUAUUGAAAUGUAUAAUAAAAAGAGAAUGAGAAUUUGCUGUGCGUGGGUAGGUGAAAGCAAGAAAGAAGCUGAUAUGUUGGGAAGAGCACGUGAUGAUUGCAGACAAAGCCAUUUAGGUGAAGAAUCACAGCUGGAGUAUCUCAGUGCUCAUGAGCAAGAUUUUGAUGAUGGGAAUAGCUCAAGUGAGUUUUCUGAGCAAUGGGAAACUGUAGGAAUUGAAACCUUAAAGCUGAUGGAUCCCGUUCAUGAAGUUCCAGGUGAUGGAGUCACACAGGAACAAAACCUCGCUGACGUGUCAAAAUAUUGUUCUGCUUCUGCACAUAGUGUAGGUGACCGAACCUGCCCAGAAGCAGCUAUGCCAGAGCUUUCCCACCUGCUUCAGGACUCUCUGUCUCUGCCAGAUUGCGAUGGCAUGACUUGUGAUCAUCAGGAAGAGCAAACAGAGUAUCAUAGUGUUGUUUGUGGAAGUAUACUUGAAAGUCAUUCUUGUGGGAGUAAAGAAAGGGUCUGUCCAAAUGUGCUUGUAUGUGACAGUUUAGAAAACAGAGAAGUGAAAGACAUACCGCUGAUUGACAGCGCGCUGCCACCCCAAAUCCCUACAAGUGAAGCAGUGUCUGAAAAGAAUGACAGACGUGUUGACAGCAUCUCAGUGAAGCAAGCCAGUCCUUUACUGUCACCAAGGGAAAGGGCUCCUGCAGUAGCCAUGCAAUUUUGCAAAUGUACAGGGGACUCUGGUUUCUACAGUUGUGAAGAAUCUGGUAUGCGUGCACGUGGUGCCAGCUGCAUUGACUGCACGACGAAGGGUGCUGGAACCCGAAACUCUGAAGUUCUGACUAGCAGGAAUCCCUUUUUUGGGGUGGAAGUUGCAGAUAAAUCCUCCUGUGGAAAUACCAGCUGUCUGAACUCGGAGUUGGAGUAUCGUGAAACCUUGAAAAACAUUGCCAGUGACUCUACGGUUAAUCAGGCUGUGGAUGCAAGUUCUGAUUUUAGAGCUUGCUUUACAACAAGCAGAAGCACCAGUGCUCAGGUUUGUCUCUUGUCCAGGGCUAUUAAUACCGAGAUAACAAUGAUGAACAAAUCUCAACCCGGGGGCUGGCACUGUAAAACCUGUGCAGACGUUGCUUGCAAUACAGACCGGUCAUGUGGAGCUGGUAGCACAGAGGAAAUUCGGUCGCAGCUUACUGACACACUGGAACAACACUCAGAUGGCAAUACUGCAACAGCUGAAAAAAGUUCACAAAUUCAGGAACAGCAAAAAAAGCUUUGGAGCAGCGAUGUAAAGAUAAGCGCUGAGAGGCCAGUACACCUUGACAAACAAGCUGUGAAGAGUUCUGCAUCAAGCUGCUGUCAAAAAAUACUGCAGAGGGCGAUUGAAGCAGAAUUGCGGAUCCUAGAUGCUCAUUAUCAGCUGUGCUAUCAGCAGUGCUUGAAGAUUUACAAACUGGCUUUGGAGGAAGGCAUGUGUUUUAACAGACCUGAUGGAAAUACUGAAUUAGGGUCAUCUCUCAUAUUGGUUUUGGAAGAGCUACAGAAGAAUUACAAGAGCAUGAAAAUGAAAAUAAAAAUGGGUGUACCUUUAAAUGCACUUCCACCACUAUCAGUUGAGAUGAAGUUGUUCCCAAUCUCCUCUUCUUAUGUCCCCUGCAAGUUGUUCAGAGAGGAUCUUUGCUAUGAUUCUGUUUCAGGCACAAGAAAAGCUGACUUUGAAGCACCAAAACUGCAGGAAAGGAAAAUUUCUGUCAGCACGGACAAUCCACAGACCGUAUGUUUGACUGAUGGUGGUCAGCCAAGUGACUCUACUUCCUCCACGACAUUCGAAGAACAACAUAAAGAUCAGGAUGUGGAACAUGGCUGUAUGAACGUUGAAGAAGGGAGUGAAUAUUGGUUUGAUGCUGAAGAGGACUUGACAGUAGCAGAUUUUUCAGUAGUAGCUGAAGAAACGAAAAAGCAACAAGAACAAGACAGGGUUGAUUUAAGAGAAGCAAAUAUAAUGGAGAGUGGAAAUGAGUAUUCUUCUAUUCAUGUUGGUGGCCUAAGUUCCUCGGCACCAGAGGGUGAUUUAAGAUCACAUUUCCAGAAGUGUCAGGAAUCUGAUACUCUUAUCUCUGUGGAUUCUAGUAACUGCAGAUAUGCAUUUCUUUCCUUUAAAGACACUAAUAAAGGAAAGUUAGCUGCAGAGAAAAGUAACCAGAAAAAAAUAAAAGGAAAACCAGUAAAUAUUGAACUGGUGAAUACUUCAUCAGAGAAUAAAUAUUUGGUUCCUCAACUACUUACAAAUAAGCUUUGGCAUGAAAUCCAACCUGUUGAUAACGGUCAAAGAAAUGAUGCAGAUAAAACAGUCACUUCAGCCUCCAAUUCUGUGAGAGCACCUGACACCACCUCUGCUUCUGAGAAAAUGCAUCUCCUUCCCAUAACUUCUUCAAAAAUUUCUUGCUCUACACAAGUACCUUCAGAAACAGAGUGCCCUGGUUUGAAAUCAUCUACCGAAGAUUCGGUACAUUCUUUGCUUGGAGUUAAUGAAAAG